AUGGCUACCAGCUCGAUAAAAGAGAAGCACGAGGGUUUGAACUGUCCAAUGUGUCUUGAUGUAAUAAGGAACGCUACCAUCCUUAGCUGUGGCCAUUCCUUCUGCAGGUGUUGUUUAAAAGCAUAUGACAAGCAGCACAAGGACCUGAAUCACAUUGUCUGCCCAGUCUGCAGGAAGUCGACCAAACUGGAUCAAGAACGGGUAGCAGGAUUGACACCAAACUUCUUAGCCAAAGGUCUAGAAGAUAUCCUCAACAUGGGCAUCAUAUCACAAAGUCAGGAUGAAGAUCUAUCAGCAAAAUUCUGUCCAUUGCAUAGUCAUGUCUAUAAAGACAUUUACUGUCAGCCCUGUAAUGAUUUCAUCUGUCUUACAUGUUAUAUCGACAGCCAUCAAGGUCACAAGAUUAAGAAACAGGAGGAGUUAGAAAAGGAGUUAAAGACCAAGAGAGAUGCUUUGCUUGAGAAGAGUACAACGAGAAAAACAAACAUUGAAAAGUGUUUGACCAAAGCUGCCCUUCAAAGAGAUGUCAUGAAUUCCUAUUUGACUGGUUUGGAGAAGGAAGUCAAAGAUGCCUUUGCCAUCAAGGUUGUAACUCUCCAGCAAAAUGAGGAAGAUUUACUAGAGAAGAUAGAAAGCAUCAGGAAAGAUUUGGACAAGCAGUUGGAGAGUUGUAUUUGUCGAUACAGAGAAGUAAUUGGUAGGAUCAGUAAUUCUGUCCAACUAUUAAACAACCAUGCAAGUAAGUCUUUAGAUCAUGAUAUGAUAAAAGCAGACCAGCUGAGAUGCGCAGAUCUAGAGGAUUCGCUAAAGGAGGCCACUGACGAAGAGUCUACACCACUUGUGGAAGAGAUAAAAAGGAAUGUACAGUUUUGUCCGGCUGGGGAUGAGCUUCUUGCCCUAGGUUGUAUAGAUGUUGGAGACAACGACUUGGAGAGUAGUAGUAGUGAAAAUACACCAGAACAUACUGGGGUUUCUGAAGAAGCGGGAGUGCUUCCAGCUAGCAGUCUGGAAACCGGGAAUGCCGCAAAUCAUGUGAAGACUAAUAGUAGAAGGCAAAGGAAAAACAGGGGAAGAAGAAAGCAGCAAGCUGGCAGUGAAGCAGUAUUGAAUAAUUCAAUGAGUAUUGUAAAAACAAUGGCUUUCCCUUUGUAUGAAAGACGCUUGUUCGGGCUCGCAGCUCUGUCGGAGGAUGCAGUGGUUAUAGGAUACGGCGAGGAUCGGAAAGGUUGUGACCGCUUUACUCUGUCAGGAGUUAAGAGUCCAUACCUUGGGAGUGAGGUGGGCGAAGUCUAUGAUGUUGCUUUCCUUUCAGGUGGCAGGACGGUUAUAUCAAAUGAAGGAGGUAAAUUCUUUGUAUACAACACCGUCAGCGGAAGCAGUAGAGGUAUGAGGUACGCUUGCAAGCCAUCUGGAGGAUUCGUCCGGGUGUGCACUGAUCAGCAUGACAACAUCUACGCCGUAAAUAUUAAUCCAGAGAUCUGCGUCUUCGAUGGUAGCAAUCCUAACCCACAGAGAGUGGUCCCCACUGGGAAUAUCCUACCGCAGCAGAUCUGCGUUACCAGGACUGGCAUAAUGAUCACCAGUACCGGCAACAUCACGCCUAGCACGGUCACUGUCUUUGACCGGGAAGGUCGCGUAGGCACUUCCAUCGUAGCAACCCAUGAUCAUGAGUAUAUGUAUGCUACGGUAGAUAGCCUUGAUAGAGUUCUGGUGGCUAAGGUGGAGGAUCGGUCAGAUAUGAUGAGACUAACAAGGUACAAGCUGCUAGGAAUCGAACUCGUUGAGGAGGUGAAUUUCCAACAACUCAGAAUGCCUUCGCCGAUACAAAGCAAUUUGUUUUGGACAAUACAGUUGAGUUCUAUGUUCUACAUUGUCAGUCUUACACCCACCAUGGUUGCUGUAGCUACCCUACACCAUCUCAUGUUCAUACAGCUAGGGAUGUAA